ACGAAACGCUACCAUGCGACUCGACGAACUAAAUCGCAUACAUUCAAAUAUAACCACGAUACCAUSUGAACAGAUCGUUACACCAGAAAGUAGAUUCCAAGGAAAGGCAAUAGCUGGAUACCCAAAAAUCAACACAUUCAAACAAAACGCCAUCAAUCAUAAARCUUACAUACCAGACUAUUGGGGGCUUUGCGUUUUCUUGUCCUUAAUGCUGACACCAAUUUUCGACAUUUGUGCUUCGACCWUUGACCUGAUCAACCUGUACAAGAAUCCAGUAGAACGCUUUUUCAAUGUAUUCGAUUUAUUUAUUUGGCUGUUUCUGCAUUUUUAACUGUUGAGCUCUGGACAUCACUUUACUUUCAACAUUUGACACACAAUAUCUCAAUAAUGGACACUCUGCGAACUGAAUACACAUUCAACUCGAAUGGACGUGCUAAACUUGGGUUACGACAACGCUUAUUAAUUCGUUCACAUGCGCAGCCAGCAAUGGCAGUAGAAGAAACAAAUAUACCAUUGCAAUKUUAUUGAAAAAUAUUAUAAUAUUUUUUACCCAAGAAAGC